AUGCCCAUCCCAACCGAAGUAGUAGACUCCCUGCCUCGUCCACAAUUUCAUAAACCACCGCUAAAACCACAGCCGGACCUCCAACAAGCCUACGCAGACUACGACACCGGCACCAUCACCCGCGAUGAGCUCGUCAAAGCGCAGGACGAAGCCGCCGAAGACUCCGUGGCCAAGAUGUCGCAGACGGCCGAGACCCUCGUGACAGACGGCGAGCAGCGCGCCAGCUCGUUCGCGACCUGCCCAAUCGUUGACACGCUGGGUGGGACAUGGUUGGCGGAUAAUUUGGCGGGCAGACGGGCAGUAUUUCGUCGCUUUUAUCGAGGCCUUUUGGCUCUUCCACCUCUUCGACUGCCAACUUUUCAGUCACCUCGCCUGACCGGUACUGUUACCGUAUCGCUAAGAAUCCGUCCAUGGACACCGGCGAUCUUCGACGACGGCCAUCACCGGCAGUUGCCCCGUCUCAGAAGCGGACCUCUGAGGUACUCUACCAAAACCGACGCGUAUGAGAAUUUCGAGAAAUCGUCUCCGCACGCAAAGGGCCGUGGCAUGGAGUAG